AGAAGGGGAGUGUAGGGGGAGGUCACUGCUAUAUAGCUGCCUCUUCUGACAAGCUGCAGUUAGUUCAGGACCAGGAGCUGCUCUGUGAUCUGCACUGAACACCCAGGCCCCUUUAAGGAGGACAAUAUCUCAGGAUAACAUUCGUAUAACACAAGCCUGACUACACGCAGGGAGAACAAUGAGGAUCGUCGGGAUACUCGUCCUUAUCUCGGCCCUACAAGUCAUCCAAUCCAGAGACUCCUUGGUAAAGCUGGUGAACAAUGGAUACGAAGAUAUUAUCCUCGCGAUAAACCCCAAGAUUCCUGAGAACAAAAAGAUCAUCGAGAAUAUUAAGAAAAUGGUUACAGAUGCUUCUUCCUACAUGUUGCAAGCUACAGAAAACAGAGUCUAUAUCAGAAGUGCAAAGAUUCUUAUCCCCAAUACCUGGUCCAGCAACAGCUCGUAUGGCCGGCCAAAAACCGAGUCCUACGACAAGGCGGACGUCAUCAUUGCUGAUCCUUUUAUUUACGGAGAUUAUCCUUACACCUUGCAAUACGGCGGCUGCGGAGAGAGAGGAAAAUACAUCCAUCUUACGCCAAACUUUAUCCUGAACGACAAAGUCCUGCGGAUAUACGGGCCCCGAGGUCGGGUCUUGGUCCAUGAAUGGGCUCACCUCCGAUGGGGAGUAUUCGACGAGUACAAUGACGACAUUCCCUUCUAUCUCAGUAAACAGGGCAAUCCAGAAGCAACAAGAUGUCCCCUGAGUUUGGAUGGAGUAUAUAAAGUCGAUGUUUGCGUAGGACCGAAAUGUGAGAAAGUAGACUGUGAUGUGGACUCAGUGACCGGCCUCUUCGAGGAGGACUGUGCGUUCUAUCCUAAGGUGGACCGAAGUGUUACCGAAUCAGUUAUGUUCGGACAAGCCCUGGACCCGGUCCAUGCGUUCUGCAAAGAGUCUUCUCACAAUAAAGAAGCUCCAAAUCAACAGAACAGAUUGUGCAACCAGAAGAGCACAUGGGACGUCAUCAUGAACUCUCCUGACAUGAAGACGAGCGCUCCGCUGGCCAACACCGAAAUCCCCAACCCUACCUUCUCCCUGCUGCAGUACAAGGACAGAGUGGUCACCUUGGUUCUGGAUGUUUCUGGAAGUAUGGGCGGAUAUGAUCGGAUCAGCCGUCUCUACCAAGCCUCUGAAGUCUACAUCAUGCAGGUCGUGGAGUCCGGAUCCUACGUUGGGAUCGUCACCUUCUCGUCUGAUGCAGCAAUUCAGUCCGAACUGGUUAAAAUUGUUGACACCUUCCAGAGAGAAAACCUGAAGAAACUUCUGCCAAAAGCGGCUACUGGUGGCACAAACAUUUGCGCUGGAGUUCGCAAGGGAUUCGAGGUAAACAAAAAACUUGAUGGCAGCACAUACGGCACCGAAAUAGUCCUGCUGACCGACGGGGAGGACAGCGGCAUCAGCAGCUGCUUUGAAGAAGUGAGGACCAGCGGAGCCAUCAUUCACACCAUCGCUCUGGGAAACAGUGCGGAUAAAGCCCUGGAACAACUGUCCAAUAUAACAGACGGCUUACAGCUUUACGCAUCUGAUAACGUUGACGCCAAUGGUUUGAUCGACUCGUUCAGCGGGAUCACUUCCAGCAGUGGAGACUCUUUACAGCAAUCUAUUCAGAUUGAAAGUGCUGCAACCACCAUCAAUGCAAACAAAUGCCUGACCGGCAAAGUGACCAUCGAUAACACUGUGGGCAAUGACACCUUCUUUUUAGUCACAUGGACCAGUCUGAUUCCAAAUAUUGAACUUAAAGAUCCCAAAGGGAAACAAUAUCAGAACGCUCAGUUUGUCAGUGACACCGUCUCAAAAUCGGCUCGACUCACCAUCCCGGGCACAGCAGAGACUGGAGACUGGGAAUACAAUCUAUGUAACACUCAUUCGGUGGAUCAAGUUCUUGGUUUGACAGUAAACUCCAGAGCAGCCAAUCCGGAUGUGCCCCCGAUCAUCGCCGAAACGUAUAUGAACGCUGACACCGGCACUUUCCCCUCUCCAAUGAUCAUAUAUGCGACGGUCACUCAGGGACUUGCUCCGGUUUUGGGAGCAAAAGUUACUGCGUUUAUCGAGCCCCAAAAUGGAAAAGUGGUAACCCUGCCGCUCCUGGACAAUGGUGCAGGUGCCGAUAUUAUCAAGAAUGACGGUAUAUACUCCAGAUUCUUCACCGACUAUAACGGCAACGGCAGAUAUAACCUUAAAGUGCGCGUAGAAAGUCAAGAAAAAGACAGCAAAGCCACCUUGCCAAAAAGCCGGGCAUUGUACCUCCCUGGAUACGUAGAGAAUGGCACCUUGAUCACAAAUCCACCAAAACCAACUAUUACUGUUCCGGAUCUGAAUUUGGGAAAUUUUAGUCGUACGGCAUCGGGAGGAGCUUUUGUUGUGGCAAAUGUACCAGAGGGCCCAUUACCGGACGUCUUUAAGCCGAGUAAAAUCACCGACUUGACUGCAGUUAUUGAGAGCCAACAGGUGAUCCUGUUCUGGACGGCAACCGGUGAUAAUGGAGAUAAAGGGAAUGCUUCCAGUUACGAUUUACGUAUGAGCCUCUCCAGCGAGGAGCUCUUGGUCAACUUUGAAAAUGGCACGGCCAUCAACAUCUCCAGCCUUACACCAUCGCCAGCCGGAUCAAGAGAAAUAUUUGGUUUUAGUCCUAAGGGGAUUACUAUUAAAAAUGGCACCAUUCUACACUUUGCCUUGGUUGCUAUAGACAAGAUGAAUCUGAGGUCAGAACCAUCUAACGUGGCACGGGCAGCUCUGUUCAUACCGGCGCCAAAGCCGAGUCCACAACCUACGAUUAAACCAGGAAAUUCAGCCAACAGCGUAUUAGGAACUGGAUACACCUUGAUUUUGACUCUCGCGAUGAUGCUGGUUGCUUUUCAUCUCUGAAGCACAAGUCGAAUGUCAUGACACGAGAUAUUGAACUGAAGCCACUACCAAUGGGACUUUCUAAAGACUUGUACAUAUACUUUUCAAUCACAUUCUAUGCUGGUUACCGAUGACAGCCAGCGUUGUGCCAUUUCCGAGGCCUGUACUUCUUGGGUAACUCCUAGACAACUUACGACUGUCUUAUCUCUGGACGAUGCCGGUUGAGGUUGAACCUUGGUUCGAUUAUGUGAAAACCAACCAUUACUAUUGAAAAACCUUUGGCCAAUUGACUGAACAUUUUUCUUAUGUCAGAUUCUACUAAGCUGGCCGGCGCGAACAAACAAUGGUUUGUCAAAAUGUCCAAAGUGUAUGGCCUGCUUAAAGGACAUCUGUACUGCAUGAAUUUUACAUAUUCUUGUGCCCGGGUUGCAAAAAUAAACCUUAACUCACCUUCCUACAUUCCCCCGUUGCUUGGGUACCGGCCUCACGGUCCUCUGCUGCGGUCCUCUUGCUGCUUCCUGGUGACUGUAACGUCACUGAGCCAUCAGCGUAUCAGCGUCCGCAGUGAUGUCCCACUUCGGCCGAUGAUGGGCUGAGCGCACUGUCA